AAGGCAGAAGCAUUUCUGCGAAAAGGGCCCCGCAAAUGCGUUGCAUGGGCAAGCCAACCAACCUUGUUCCAGCUACAAUAAAACGCAAAGGAAAGGCUAAGCAAGAAGCGAUUGUUGAUUGCUCAUUCCAGAGAUAGCGAUAGAGAGAGAAAGAGAAAUAUAUGUAGAAGAGAGAGAGAGUGGGGUGGCAUGAGGUGUCGAUUCAAGCAUAGUAUCUGCAGGCCAGUUAGGCAAGGAAUCGUGAGCUUCUGUAUCAGAUAUUUCCAAAAAUAAGGGUUCACUUGCUGUGUGCUUGAAGCUUAAUUUUGGGGAAUCUUCUCAAUUAGAGUUUCGCUUUGGGAAGACGGGUGUUGAUCUCCAAUCAACCCAAGGAUUCAUGGCUCAUGCUCAGGUCAAUGGCAACUUAUCAUCAGCUAUUCUCAGUGCUCUAAAGAUAGGAUAUUUGGGACUGAGUCACUAAUUAUUGAUCUGCAGCACUCAUACAUGAAAAAAGCUGAAUGCAGCAACCAAGGAGGCUUGAUGAGAAGCCCUUGUCAAAUGGGGAGGUCUAUAUUGGUGAGAUUAAGGGAGUAUUGCCCCAUGGCAAGGGAAAAUACAUGUGGUUAGAUGGAACGGUAUAUGAGGGUGACUGGGAAGACGGAAAAAUGACAGGCAAGGGACUGAUUAUUUGGUCAUCAGGAGCAAAGUAUGAAGGUGAGUUCUCUGGGAAUUACCUCCAUGGUUAUGGCACCUUCACAAUGUCUUCUGGAUCUGUUUACAGAGGGGGCUGGAGGAUGAAUGCCGAGCAUGGGAUAGGACGGAAGGAGUAUUCCAAUUCGGAUAUUUAUGAAGGUUUAUGGAAGGAGGGAGUACAUGAAGGCAGUGGUAGGUAUUCUUGGAGUAAUGGAAAUACAUAUACUGGGAAUUGGAAAAGUGGUAAAAUAGAUGGUAGAGGGGUUAUGAAGUGGGCUAAUGGUGAUAUUUUUGACGGUUGUUGGUUAAAUGGGCUUAGACAUGGAUCAGGAGUUUAUAGAUUUGCAGAUGGAGGGCUUUAUAUCGGGACUUGGAGUAGGGGUCUAAAGGAUGGAAAAGGAAUAUUCUACCCUGCUGGCAGUAAACAUCCUUCUUUGAAGAAAUGGCGUAGCACUCUUAGCAAUGAUGAUAAUGGUUCAAAUUUGAAUUCAGAGGAACAUUGGGCUCCAAAGUCAAAGGUUAAGCGCAGCCUUUCAGAAAAGGUAUCAGUUAGUGGUAGCUUAAGAAAUUCACGUCAUAUAUCUCACAGGACUUCAUCACUGGAUUCUAGUUGGACCCAGCAUCGUCCUGCUCAAGAAUGCAUAUGUAAUGAUUCCUCGCAGAGAUGGUCCCUUGCCUCUGAUGAAGGUCACUCUGAGGACCCAGAUAAAAUUAGUUGGGUUUAUGAAAGGGAAUACAUGCAAGGAGUUCUGAUUAUGGAGAAAACUAGGAAAUACUCAGAAUUAUCACACAAAAACAAGUGGCAAAAUAAGUUUGGUGCACAACAAGUAAAGCCAAGUUCAUGUGUGGAUUUUGGAGGUUGUCGAAGUUACUAUCUGAAGCUUAACUUGCAACUUGGCAUCAGGUAUACCGUUGGCAAGAUUACACCAGUGCCUGCACGUGAAGUUCGUUCAUCUGAUUUUGGAGAUCGAGCAAGAAUAAGAAUGUACUUCCCCAGAGAGGGAUCACAGUUUACUCCUCCACAUAAAUCCAUAGACUUCUAUUGGAAGGAUUAUUGCCCCAUGGUCUUCAGGAAUUUGAGAGAGAUGUUCAAAUUAGAUGCUGCAGAGUACAUGAUGUCCAUUUGUGGUGACUCUGGUCUGAGAGACAUAACAUCUCCUGGAAAAAGUGGCAGCAUCUUCUAUCUUUCUCAAGAUGACAGAUUUGUGAUCAAAACUUUGACAAAAUCUGAACUGAAGGUUCUACUUCAGAUGCUUCCUAAAUAUUAUAGUCAUGUAGGAAAUUUUGAAAAUACUCUUAUCACAAAAUUUUUUGGGCUCCAUCGAAUAAUGCUAAGAGGUGGGAAAAAGGUGCGCUUCGUGGUAAUGGGGAAUAUGUUUUGCACAGAACUGCAUAUCCACCGUCGCUAUGAUUUGAAGGGGUCUUCUCAAGGAAGAUUUACCUGUAAAGACAAAAUCAAUGAAAAUACAACCUUGAAAGAUCUGGAUCUUAAAUAUGAAUUUCAUAUGGACAAGAAAUUGCGAGAAUCACUGCUUCAUCAAAUUAGAGUGGACUGCGGGUUCUUGGAGUCGCAACAAAUUAUUGAUUAUAGCCUUCUAUUGGGAUUGCAUUUUAGAGCUCCUGAGAAUCUAAAGGCCUUGGCAGAACAGCAGGAGAGUUUAACUUCGAGUGAUGAUGCACUCAAACAAGGGGAGCAGUUGAUUUUUCCUAAAGGUCUGUUAAUAGUUGCGCAUGAACCGAGUUUUGUCAACACGGCACCUGGACCUCACAUCAGAGGAAAUACUUUGAGGGCAUACUCUAUAGGUGACAAAGAAGCUGAUCUUCUACUGCCUGGUACUGCAAGGUUGCGGGUGCAGUUAGGCGUGAACAUGCCAGCGCAAGCAAACCGAAAGCUUCUGGAGGACAAGGUGGAGGCAUCAGAAGUGGAGCUUUUUGAGGUGUACGAUGUUGUGCUUUACAUGGGAAUAAUUGAUAUAUUGCAGGAGUACAACCUAAGAAAGAAACUUGAACAUGCCUAUAAAUCUUUGCAAUUCGACCCUGUGACAAUAUCUGUCGUUGAGCCUAAGUUGUAUGCCGAACGUUUCUUCAAUUUCUUGGAGACAAAAGUGUUCCCUGUGACUCCAUGAGUACAUAUUCUUUUCCUUCCUUCUGGUCUGUGUAAUUGUUUCAAGGGAAAAGUUUUGAAUGUAUAAUUAGUGUAAUUAAACUCUACAUAAUUUCCUCACUUCCUAUCGGUGAAUGCAUUUGUAUGUGCACAAUCUUGCUUGUUUCAGUUUGCAAGAGUUAUUAAUAUUCAAAAAUCAUGUUGUCUUGCUCA